GAACCGAGCGGCUGGGACGCUGAGGGCCGUAGCACCUGCGCACUGGGCGCCAUGUUUUGGAAGUUUGACCUGCACACAAGCUCGCAUCUGGACACACUGCUGGAGCGGGAGGACCUGAGCCUACCUGAGCUACUGGAUGAGGAGGACGUGCUGCAGGAGUGCAAGGUUGUUAACCGAAAGCUGCUGGACUUCCUGCUGCAGCCGCCGCACCUGCAGGCCAUGGUGGCCUGGGUCACCCAGGAACCCCCAGCCAGUGGUGAGGAGCGGCUGCGCUACAAGUACCCCAGCGUGGCCUGCGAGAUCCUCACCUCAGACGUGCCCCAGAUAAACGAUGCCCUGGGUGCAGACGAGUCGCUCCUGAACCGGCUCUAUGGCUUCCUGCAGAGCAGCGACAGCCUCAACCCACUGCUGGCCAGCUUCUUCAGCAAGGUCAUGGGCAUCCUCAUCAACCGCAAGACAGACCAGCUCGUGUCUUUCCUGCGCAAGAAGGACGACUUUGUGGACCUGCUGCUGCGGCACAUCGGCACCUCGGCCAUCAUGGAUCUCCUGCUGCGCCUGCUCACCUGUGUGGAGCGGCCCCAGCUGCGGCAGGAUGUCUUCACUUGGCUCAAUGAGGAGAAGAUCGUCCAGCGGCUGAUUGAGCAGAUCCACCCAUCGAAGGAUGACAAUCAACAUUCCAACGCGUCUCAGUCUCUGUGUGACAUCAUCCGCCUGAGCCGGGAGCAGAUGAUGCAGGGCCAGGACAGCCCGGAGCCUGACCAGCUGCUGGCUACCCUGGAGAAGCAGGAGACCAUCGAGCAGCUGCUGAGCAACAUGUUGGAGGGGGAGCUCAGCCAGUCCGUGCUCAUCAGCGGGAUCCAGGUGCUGCUCACUCUGCUGGAGCCCCGGCGGCCCAGGUCGGAGUCCGUGACCAUGAACAACUUCUUCAGCAGCAUGGAUGGGCAGCUGGAGCUCCUGGCCCAGGGGGCCCUGGACAGCGCUGUGUCCAGCAUGGGGGCCCUGCACGCCCUGCGCCCACGGCUUGGCCACUUCCACCAGCUCCUGCUUGAGCCUCUCCAGCUUGAGCCGCUGCAGAUGACAUGGGGCAGCCUGGCCCCGCCCCUGGGCAACACGCGGCUGCAUGUGGUUAAGCUCCUGGCCAGUGCCCUGAGUGCCAAUGACGCUGCCCUGACACAGGAGCUCCUGGUGCUGGAUGUGCCCAACACCAUGCUGGACCUCUUCUUCCACUAUGUCUUUAAUAACUUCCUACACACGCAAGUGGAGGUGUGUGUGAGCGCCAUGCUGAGCUUGGGGCCCCCUCCCAGCAGUGGCUCUGAGACACUGGGCCUGAACCCUGUGCUGAAACACUUGCUGCAGCACUGCCGCCUGGUAGAGCGGAUCCUCACGUCCUGGGAGGAGAAUGACCGUGUCCAGUCUGGGGGUGGCCCAAGGAAGGGCUACAUGGGCCACCUGACGCGGGUGGCCAACGCCUUGGUGCAGAACGCAGAGCAGGGGCCCAAUGCUGAGCAGCUGGGGCAGUUGCUGAAGGAGCUGCCAGGUGAGCAGCUGGAGCGGUGGGAAGCAUUCGUGUCGGGACCCCUGGCUGAGACCAACAAGAGGAACACCGUGGACCUGGUGAACACCCACCACCUGCACUCGUCCAGCGACGACGAGGAUGACCGGCUCAAGGAGUUCAGCUUCCCCGAGGAGGCCGUGCUGCAGCAGGCCUUCAUGGACUUCCAGAUGCAGCGCAUGACCUCGGCCUUCAUUGACCACUUUGGCUUCAAUGACGAGGAGUUUGGGGAGCAGGAGGAAAGCGUGAACGCGCCCUUUGAUAAGACCGCCAACAUCACCUUCUCCCUCAACGCCGACGACGAGAACCCCAGCGCCAACCUGCUGGAGAUCUGUUACAAGGACCGCAUCCAGCAGUUUGAUGACGACGAGGAGGAAGAGGACGAGGAGGGCCAGGGUUCUGGGGAGUCGGAUGGAGAGUAUGGUGCCUGGCAGGGCAGCCCGCUGAGCAGGGCAGCCCGCUCGGGCCAGCUCCCCGGGGCCCGGAGUAGCGGCAGCACCGACAGUGAGGAUGAGGAUGAGGAGGAAGAGGAAGAGGAGGAGGGCGGUGGCGACCCCAUGCCCCCCGGGCCUCAGCCUCCCGGCCCGAGCUGGACAGCCACCUUCUCACCAGUGCCUGUGGACAACCUGUCAGGCCCCUCUGACUCUGGGGUGGAGGAGCUGCUGCCCCCUGCCCCAGACCCUGCCACCCCACAGCUCAGGUCUCAGGACCCCGUUCCCACCUCAGCACCUCAGAUAGCAGCAGAUGGCAGCGAAGUAGCAGAGCCCUCUGCCCCCUGCCAGGCCCUGGUCAGUGUCGAGGCCCUUCAGGCCGCCCUGCGCGGGAUGCGCUCUGCCCCCAGCUCCUCGGACAGUGCACCCAGAGACCCCUCUACCUCUGUCCCAGCCUUCGGGGCCCAGCACCCACCCCAGACCAAGGAGGGGGAGAAGAGCCCAGAGCCCCUGGGGCUUCCCCCGAGCCAGAGUGCCCAGGCCCACGAGCCACCUCCAAUGCCCAACGGCUCGGCCCCAGUAGCACCCCUCUCCCCGGGCUCCCAGUAGCAGUGGAGGCCUGGUCCUCCUUCCUCCCUGUGGACUCCUGUGGGGCAGGGUGGGUCCCUUGUGGUCCCUUGCUCCCAGCACUGGUCCCUGUGCCCUCCUCUGGACUCCCAGGGUCUGGUGCCAGGGAACAGCCCCGCCCUGACUGUUUGCACUGAGAAGAUGGCGGAGCUCGCCAGGCUCCCAGAAUAAAGUGACUUGGAGAGAGAAGAGAGACGAUAUCUCUAUUCUAUAUGUGCCGAGGGAGGAGGGAGGCCUGGCACCGAAGCACAAGCUCUGCUGUCCAGGAGGGCUGCACGGCCUGGCCACUGCCCACGUGUCCUGCGUCCCAGGCAGGCGCCCGUGCCGGCCAUCAGCUCAGGUCCACCUCAGCGGGCAGCGGGCAGUGGGCUGUGCCUUCACCUGGACCCGCACUCUAGGGCCUGGUCCUGGGGUCGGGCCCCAUCCUGUGGGCAGGGCCUGGGGCCCCAGCCCCUCUGCCAAGUGGCCUUGUCCCCACCCCUGCCCCAGGACACGUGAGUGUCCCUUUGUGCGAGCUUGUUUCAUAUGCAAAUAUCAAUAAAGCAGACGUCUAGACUCCUUCACUGCUCAGA